AGAGUUAUAAAAGCGCUUACAUAUUACUAAACUGGUCCCCUUCAAUAUUAAAUAAAUUAUGGGAACCAUACAGGACAAGGAACCAAAUUAGCCAAUUUGAUCGUCUGCAAAAUUAGAAGUGUAAACAAAAACAACAGGUAGAACAUGGAAGGUGAUAAUCUAGUUUGCAAUUUCAAGAAAUGUAGGAAGAGUUUGACUAACGUUGCUUUUGUGACAGCUUGUUCACAUGUAUUAUGUGAUGAACAUGGAACCAGAGAGUUUGGUAAAGCAACAACAUGUCCAGCAUGUCAAACAGAUCUUUCCAACAAGUUUGAGAUUGUCAGAAAUAACCUGCAGCCUUCUGAGCAGUAUAAGUCUAUGAUCCUAGCUGGACUCAAGCCUGAUGUUAUAUGUGAAAUUGCUUCAAGAGCUCAUGCAUUCUGGGCUUACCAGUCCUAUCAAGAAAAGACAUACCAGGAAUAUACUGCAUCCAAAUCAAAGGAAAGAUGCACAGAGAUAGAACAAUAUUAUGAGCAGAUUGUUUCAAAGACAACAACAGAACUGAACACAUUAAAGACACAGCUUUCAGCAUCAAAAAAAGAUGUAGAAGACACAAAGAAAAAACUGAAUGAGAUUUCUGAUAAGCUUCAAGAGAGAAACAGGCAACACCAGAAACUUCAGUCAUUAUAUGAUGCAAUGCGAAGAAAGUUCAUCACCACGUCAACUUUUGAGGCAAAGGAGAAUGUUAGAGAUGGUGACCAUGAUUUUGUUUUCAAUCCACGUAUUGGGAGUUUAGAUGGUGAUCCGCCAGCGAAUCACGUACAGAAAAGGUUCAGUGUCGGUCUGUGUACACCGAGGCAAUAAAUCAUGGCAAAAAAAUGGAUAGACAGAUUCCUGACACACAUAUAUAGACCUUAAACAAAGACUCUGCUAAAGUGAAAUAUUCUGCGUUUUAACAUACAUUUUAAUUUGGUAUAUGUUUUAUUUCCAGGUUAAUUAAAUCUUAACAAACAAAAGAGAAUAUGGUAAUACUCUGUGUCAGUCCGUCCCACAUUUCUUGCUCACUGUCACAUAUAGUUACAGUGUAAACUUUUAGAAUUAUUGGCUGGCUGUCAUAAUGACAUCUCCCCUGAAACCGUUUGGUCAUAGAUCCCAAACCUGUCAAAAAAUAAAAAUAAUUAUCAGAUAUGUUUAUUACAAUAAGAAUUUCACCGUAACAUAUAUUUGUUAACAAGAGUCAGUGUUUAUGAUUAUUCAAAUAAAAGGUCAGCGUAGGGAUGUAGCAGAACUUAGCAGAAUUGUUUCUAUGAAUUUGCGCAAUCAUAAAAAUUAAUUUAAUUUCUAUAAGGCACACGAGGCAUUGAGCUUAAAUAUUUUUUUAAUGGAUCUCUACGUACAAGUUGGUUACAAUUUUAAGCCUGGGGUUAUGCACUGAUAAUAUAAGGAAUCAUAAUUCUAUCUUUUGUUUGAUUAACAUAAUCUCUCUGUUAAAUUUCAAUUUUUUUCCGUCUGCAGCACAACUCUAGGGUUGACCAUAAAUAAAUAAAAGGAACAAGUGGAAAUGAAGAAAAUCUUCCUGUCAGUUCCUGUUUUUCAAUUACCUCCCUUUAUUCCAAAUAAUUUCCACCAAAGCAAAAGUCCAGAAUCUAUGACUACUGGAAGAAGCUUAAGUACAGUGACCAAGAAGUAAAGUCAUGUAAUGAAAUGUCUGCCAUAGUUUGUAAUUUUUGUCAAGAGCACAUCUGUAUUUGGUUUUCAUUAUAAAAAAUAAACUUUAUUAAAAUGAAUAAUUCUGCUUUCCAACAACAAGCUGACACAUUAAUUUGUGGAUGAUAUGAAUGUCAACAUGGCUCUUGUUGAAUACUUUUCAAUGACAGUUCUACGAAAAUUGUUUGUUACUGUGAUUCUAGAAAAUAUGUUUUAUUACUACAUGUUUGUUAAUUAAAAUUUUAAUGAUUGUUUAAUAACUGUUAUAAGAUGAAUAAUGUAUUAAAUGUGUUUCAAAAAUAAUGUUUUCCCCUUUUCAUGUCCUUUAAUUACGUAUAAUGUGGUCUGUGUUUGAAACUCGAGUUAUAACAUUUCAAAGGUUAAAUUAUUCCAUGGUUUAAAUAAAAGUUAAUCAUCUUUUAACUUUAAAUUGCAACUUUAUCAUCUUUAUUGUUCAAUUGUUUAUAUUGGGUAAAAUUAUCUUAUUUGUUUGUAUUUCUUUGCCUAUCUAAAAUAAAAUAUUAAA